UUGCGCAAAGAUGAAAAUUAAUUAAAACCUUUGACUUCCGCUAUAAUUUGGUAUGCUAUAGAAACAGCCUUCCUUACAUCUUUAUAAUGAUAAUGUGAAUGAUAACGUGAUAUAACACACAGUCUGGCUAACAUUCAAUUGUUAUUUAACAAGUAAAAUGUUUAUUUAAUUUCAUUUAGAAAAUAACAGCAAAUAACACACAUGGUAUUACACGAAUUAUUAUAUAGUUAUCACAUUUGAAUUUCCUUUGCUUAUGAUAAAACGGCCUGACUGCAAACAGGCAACAUCCAUGGUGUAGAAUAGAAUAUGGAUUAUAAAGUCAAACAAAGAAAAUAAGAAAUCACAAUGUUGCUUUUCACCCUUCAUCCAGUUAGCGGUGUUUGGGUCCGACGCCUCAUUUUGUUCGGUUUCGUUCUCAGUAUUUUGCCUGCUGAAAAUGUGAACUACGAGAAAUUCCUUCUGCGGUGUCUGCCGACAUUUCUUCUCUUGACCUUGGAGUUAAAGUAAAUACAAAGUAGACUGUGUUGAAUUCUCUCAUUUAUUUUCCUGGUCCUUGCACUUUUAUCAGAAGUGUAUUUUAGUCAAAUUUCGUCACAUUUUGUCUUAAUUGUAUAUGGUAUUCUGAAAAUGUAUUUAACAAUGUUAUUUUGCCCGUCUUGGAACCAAUUUCAAGUCCUUGUUCUAGGUGUCGCUGUUGACCACGUCUAAAACUUCAAACCGUGUCAGUGCGCCCACGUGACGGGGAAGAGCCUGCGUCUCAAGGCCAUUUUCAAAUUUCAUUGGUGAGAGUGUCAUGUGGUUGCAGAGAGACUCUUUGGGUUGUACAGGGAUUGUUUUGCUAGAUAUGUCAGCUUACAGGGGACACUUCUCUGCUUCUUAAAAAAAAAAAUACUCUCCAAAAUGUCCUUUCCCAACAGCUCUCCUGCUGCAAACACGUUUUUGGUAGAUUCCUUGAUAGGGGCGUGCAGAACAGAUUUUUAUUCCAGCAGUAACAUGUACAUGCCAGCCACUGCAGAAAUGGGAACCUAUGGAAUGCAAACCUGUGGACUCCUGCCGUCUCUUGGCAAACGGGGGGAAGUAAACCACCAAAACAUGGGCAUGAACGUCCACUCGUAUAUACCUCAAACUGAUAACUGGGCAGAUCCAAGCAGGUCCUGUCGAUUAGAUCAACCGCUCAACCAGAUGUCCACCUGCACAUUUUCACAAAGCAUAAAAGAAGAAACGAACUGUUGUAUGUACUCCGACAAGAGAGCAAAGGUCAGUUCGUCCGAGAUACCCGCGUACUCCAACCUGAUUUCCGAAACAUGUUCCGUUGAUAGUCCCGAGAUUCCUGUCCCUGGAUAUUUUAGACUAAGUCAGACUUAUGCGACGGCGAAAAACCUGGACUAUGACAGCGAGACGAUGAGCCCGAGCACUACGUUAAUGCAGCUGAACAGGGUGACUCCAAAGGCGCAGUCAACGCCCUUUGUCGAGGUGGAAAAGAAGCUUCCGCUCGAUCGGGACACAAGGAGCUCUUCCCCUGCACAGACUCCGGAGCCCAAAGUCAGCACGCUGGAGGAGAAGAACUGCUCAACUGAGGCGUCUGUCUCCAGCCCUGAAUUGCCACACAGAGAAGGCAAAGAGUCUAAAAACGACACACCCACGAGCAACUGGUUAACCGCGAAGAGUGGAAGGAAAAAAAGGUGUCCGUACACGAAACACCAGACCUUGGAAUUAGAAAAAGAGUUUUUAUUCAACAUGUACCUGACUCGGGAGCGCCGUCUAGAGAUAAGCAAAAGCGUCAACCUCACUGACAGACAAGUGAAAAUCUGGUUCCAAAACCGCAGGAUGAAACUCAAGAAGAUGAGCAGAGAAAAUCGUAUUCGUGAACUCACAUCCAAUCUCACUUUUUCGUGAGCAUGAAAACAAGAGCAUUUCAAGAACUUACCUCCCGUUUCGGUCCGUCUGUGUUCUCCUGUAUAAUGUUGACCCGAGGGCAGGGUGCAUUAUUUUGGCUACUUUCACGUUCCAAUGUUGUGAUGGUUGCUAAAUCGUUGUCAUUUGUUGCUACAUCUUUGAUUGCAUUUGAAAUGUGAAGCCUUGUGUAUUUCAGUAUGUUUCGCAGGGUAUAAAACUGGUGUGAGGUCUUAACUUAUAUAAUAAGAUGGAAACAGAUUGUUACGAGCGGUUUCAUUUCAGAAGGGACAGAUAAAAAAUGUCGCAGAAACAUUUGCGCUAAAACGGACAUUAAAGCACAUUUGAAAGUAAAGGGUACCCAUUCUUUCUCCAGUGAAAACAUACAUUUAUCUGAAAUCAUUACGUAUAAAGGUUUCUGUAUAAUAGAUGUUUAAAUGUGUAUGUAUCAGUGCAUGUUUGUGGCAUGUGGUCAAUUGACUAAUAAAUUCAUUAUGUCAUAA